AUGGCGGAGGCGGAGGCGGAGACGGAGGCGGAGGCGGAAUGUAAUCUGUUGCGCUUGUUCCCGCUGCUUCUGCCCCAGAACAGGGCGAAAACAGUGUACGAAGGAUUCAUUUCGGCUCAGGGCAAAGAUUUCCACCUUAAAAUAUUAUUGCCUGAAGAUUUGCAGUUGAAGAAUGCAAGGUUACUGUGUAGCUGGCAGCUGAAAACAAUACUUAAUGAAUACCAUCAAGUAAUACAACAGAGAAUGCAACAUUCUCCUGAUCUAGUGAGCUUUAUGAUGGAGUUGAAGAUGAUUUUGGAAACUGCUUUAAAGAAUAAACAGGAGCUUUGUGUACCAUCUCCUCCUCCCCAGUUCUACUCAAACCUUAUUGAAGAGAUAGGAACUAUUGGUUGGGAUAAACUUGUGUAUGUGGAUACUUGUUUCAGUACCAUCAAAUUAACAGCUGAAGAUACUACUGGUAGACAGCAUCUAAUCACUAUCAAGUUCAAGGCAAAGUACCCUGCAGAGCCACCAGAUUGUUUUGUGGAUUUUCCUAUUCCAUUUUCUGUUUCAUGGACACCACAGAGUUCCCUAAUAAGCAUUCAUAGCCAGUUUUUGGCAACGUUAGAAUCACUGAAGCCAUUCUGGGAUGCUAUGGAUGAAAUUGAUGAGAAGACUUGGGUACUUGAGCCAGAAAAACCUACACGGAGUGCCACAGCACGCAGAAUUGCAUUGGGGACUAAUGUGUCAAUAAAUAUAGAGGUAGAUCCCAGGCACCCUACUAUGCUUCCUGAUUGUUGCUUUCUUGGAGCUGACCAUGUGGUAAAACCCCUGGGAAUUAAGCUAAGCAGAAAUAUACAUUUGUGGGAUCCAGAAAAUAGUCUGCUACAAAAUUUGAAAGAUGUUUUAGAGAUUGACUUUCCAGCUCGUGCUGUCCUGGAAAAAUCUGAUUUUUCUAUGGAUUGUGGAAUUUGUUAUGCCUAUCAACUUGAUGGUGCCGUUCCUGAUCAAGUGUGUGAUAAUCCUCAAUGUGGACAGCCUUUCCAUCAAAUAUGUUUAUAUGAGUGGUUGAGAGGACUCCUGACUAGCAGACAGAGUUUCAACAUCAUAUUUGGUGAAUGCCCAUAUUGCAGUAAGCCAAUUACCUUGAAAAUGUCUGGAAGGAAACCCUGAAAAGAGAAUGUAAUACUUCUGUGGAGGAACAGAAUCUUUAAAAAUCAUCAAA